UCUCUCUCUCUCUCUCUCUCCCUCCCACUCUCUCUCUGUCUCUCUCUCUCCCUCCCACUCUCUCUCUACGGAGUGACGUCGGUGUUAAGAAGAAGAUGGCGGCGCCAGGAAAGGCGGAAGGUGUAUCGCAGUGUGGACCUCUGUGGUGUGUGAGUUGUGUGUAGUGCCGCUGGUUGGAGUGAGUCGUCUAGUCAUCAUGAACAAUAAGGAGAGAGAAAGCACAAAAGAGUCAGAGAACAGUCGAAGCCAGAUGAAGGUGUUUCUGCCUAACAAGUUGUUGGAGCGUCUCCCUCAAACCACCUCCCUACCCAAGGAGAGACUACGAUGGAACACCAAUGAGGAGAUUGCAUCCUACUUGAUCACAUUUGACAGACAUGAAGAGUGGCUAUCCUGCUCGCUCAAGACCAGGCCCCAGAAUGGCAGCAUCUUCCUGUAUAACAGGAAGAAGAUCAAGUACAGGAAGGACGGCUACUGCUGGAAGAAGAGGAAAGAUGGGAAGACCACCAGAGAAGACCACAUGAAGCUCAAAGUACAGGGCAUAGAGUGUCUCUAUGGUUGCUACGUCCAUUCUUCCAUCGUCCCAACAUUCCACAGGAGGUGCUACUGGCUGUUGCAGAACCCAGACAUGGUGCUGGUUCACUACCUGAAUGUUCCGUCGCUGGAGGAUCAUGGGAAGGCGUGCGGCCCGUUGCUAUGUGCCGUAGCCGACCGCCGAGACUCGUUACGCUGGAGCCGAGACGAACUACUGGCCCAGCUCAAGCCUAUGUUCCACAGCAUUAAGUGGUCAUGUGGAGAAGGUUAUGGAUCAUCAGAGUUCUCUAUAGAACAACUGGCUCAACAGAUCCUGGAGUCUCAACAGACCAAACCUCAGCCUCGCACACACACCUGUCUCUGCAGCUCCACACUGGCGUCUCCUGGAGCUAACAUUCCCCACCGCUGUAACAGCACCAAACAUCGCAUUAUCUCCCCCAAACUGCCCGCUACCAGCCCUGCCAUGUCAGCCUCACCCCUGGCUGAGGGGGAGACAGGAGGGGGAGACAUCCCUGCAGGCGGCGAGAAGAAACCUUCCCCACACACACACCCUCCCCCCUCACACACACACUCCCAGGUAAAGCUUGGAGGGUCUACCAGCCUGGUAGGGAGACAUGAGGGAGUCUCUUCCUCCCCCUCUCCCCCCUCCUCCUCCUCCUCCUCCUCAUCAUCCCCCCCCCAGGCUCACCGCACAGCAACCAUCGCCGUCAGCAACGGCACCACCAACAAUUUCUAUGGUGACCAGCGGGGCCUGACGACGGUUGCCCUACCGCAGAAUGCGGUGAUCGUCAUGACUACGGCGGGGGUCAUCGGGACGCAGGGUGGAGGAGAGCGGGAGUCGAGUCUGUCUCUUACCCGUUCAGGUCAGCUGGUACUCUCCCCCGUCCCCCCUAAACCAGACACCCCCUCCCCCCCAACCCCACCUGCUCCACCCACCCCCUCCCCCCCCACCCCCGGGGUGGCUACUCUCAGCCUCACCCUCCUGUCCUCACCCGUUAUAGGGGGACUACUCCUCACUCCAUCCCCCUCUCCAUCUCUCCUGCACCCUCUCCCUCCUGCCGCCCCCUCUCCCUCACCCUGCCAACCUGUCUUCGAUCCAGACUCCUUUCUGAACAGUCCUAAACAGGGUCAGACCUACGGAGGCACUCUCCCCCUUCCUCACCCUCUCCUCCCCCCUCCUCCUCCUCCCCACAUGCACCCUCCCUCACUCUCUCCCUCUCCCCCACGUCCCCUCCCCCCUGCUCAUCCCCUCCCUCCUCUCUCUCAUCCCUCUCUUCUGAGGCAGAGAGGAAGAAUGAAGAGAGUGAUGCUCCAGACCUCUGCCCCUUCUCCCUCCCUCCCUCCAACCCUUUCUCUAUCCCUCUCUCCGUCCCACUCUAUCCCUUCUUCCUCCCUCCCUCCAACCCUUUCUCUAUCCCUCUCUCCGUCCCACUCUAUCCCUUCUUCCUCCCUCCCUCCAACCCUUUCUCUAUCCCUCUCUCCGUCCCACUCUAUCCCUUCUUCCUCCCUCCCUCCAACCCUUUCUCUAUCCCUCUCUCCGUCCCACUCUAUCCCUUCUUCCUCCCUCCCUCCAUCCCUUUCUCUAUCCCUCUCUCCGUCCCACUCCGCCCCUUCUUCCUCCCUCCCUCCAUCCCUUUCUCUGUCCCUCUCUCCGUCCCACUCCGCCCCCUCUCUCCUGCCUCUGUGUCUGGAAUCAGCGCUGGCCCUGGGCCCUCUGGGGGAGACAGAGGGGGAGAGGGGGGAGGCAGAUGGAGAGAGAGAAAGACAGAGGGAGGAGGGGAGAGAAGAGGGGCACCCGCCCACCAAACUGGCUCUCCUCCAGCGAAGCCAAUCCCCCAAGCCGUCGUCGUCAGGGCAACACCACAGAAAAACAUCAUCAUCGCUGCUCCUGAUUCGCCACGAAACGCAGCAGACCCCUCCCACUCAGCAGAUGGCGCCCAAUCUGCAGCCUCACAGGCAGGACGGAGAGCAGCCAUUGGUCGUCCUAGAGCCCAAAGAGCUCCAGCAGCACCUCCCCCAACCCAUGACCUCUAUGCACUGUAACCCCAACCCCACCCCGACCCCGACCCCACUGACCCUGACCCAGAACCACCACUCUCAACUCCUCCUGCUGCAACACAGACGUCUUCAGAGUCAGGAGAGAGAGAUGGAGAAAGAGGUGGAAAGAGAGAGGGGGAGGGAGGUGGAAAGGGAGAGGGGGAGGCAGCUCUUACUCCUGCACCAGAGACUCAGCCAGCCGACUCCCUUAGAGUCCCUGUUUGCUAACAUCAACAACGUGGCUAAUGCAAACAUGGCUCUUUCGACUACUGUUAAUAUGGACAGUGCCAAUGCCACUAUGGGUAAUGUUAACAUGACCAAUAUGGCUAAUGGGCGGGUUAGAGUAAAGGAGGAGAGGGGGCGGGGCUACGAGGCAGAGGACACACCCAUGGACACGGGUCAAAGGUCGGAGGUCACGGAUGUCUCGGAGGAGCUAGAGAUAUCGUUCGACAGCCAGUUCCCUGACCUCAUUUCUGAGCUCAUCACAGAGGCCGACGCCCCCAACACACACACACACACACACACCUCGGUCCUCGUCCCGAACCCGGCUCCCACCAGCCUGUUCCCUACGGGGGUACGUUACAUGGUUCCUCCCCAGCCCUCCCCCUCCUCCUCCUUCCUCCCCUUCCCCCCUCUUCCCCCUAACAACGGGACUGAGCUACAACGCCUAGCAACCAUCACAGACUUCUCCCCCGAGUGGUCCUACCCAGAGGUGAGACAGGGGAGAGGGGGGCCUAAAGUGUUGAUAAACCUGGCAGGUCCCUGGUUGGAGGCUACUGGACGUUACAGCUGCGUGUUUGACCAGAGCACCGUCCCCGCUUCACUUAUUCAGCCUGGAGUACUAGAUAGCUACUGCCCUGCCCACGAGGCAGGGUUGGUGUCUCUUCAUAUAGUGGAGGACAGUGGGUCUGUCUCUUCGUCUGUUCUGUUUGAAUACAGAGCUAGAAACGCCUCAUCUCUACCCAGCUCACAGCUGGACUGGCUGUCCCUGGACGAUAACCAGUUCCGUAUGUCCAUCCUGGACAGACUGGAGCAGAUGGAGAGGAGGAUGGCUGAGAUGUCUGCAACCAACCCACACACACAGCCGCCGCCACAAUGCCAGCGGAUCAGCACACUCUCCCCACACACGCCCGAAGACAGAAGCCAGUCAGGCCCAUGGUUUGAGAGGAGGAUAGUUGGAGUAUGUGAGAGGAUGAUGGAGGGAGGAAGGUGGAGAGGAGGGGGAGAAGAGCGCCUCGCUCACUCCAUACGCCACAGAGGGAUGACACUGCUCCACCUGGCCGCUGCACAGGGAUACACACACCUCAUCCACACACUCAUCCACUGGAGGAGUGUCAACAGUGACAGUCUGGACGUAGAGCAGGAAGUUGAUCCGCUCACCGUCGAUCAUUUCUCAUGCACUCCUCUGAUGUGGGCGUGUGCUCUGGGACACCAGGCAGCAGCCGAGGUUCUAUAUGGUUGGAACAGCCUGGCGCUCGGAAUUCCCGACUCACUAGGCCGCCUCCCCCUCGCAGUUGCACGCUCUCGCGGACACACAUGCCUCGCCCGCGCGCUGGAGGACCUACACACACACCGCCCCGACACGCACACACCCACAGAGAGGGCCGAGGAGGGGGCUCAGGGGGAGCAGAGCACCACCCCCACUCCACAACUCCCCCCCUCUCCACUGUCCACCAGUCCUGACACAGGUCUGAGUUCGUCCAGUAGUAUUCCCUCCCCCUCUCUCUCCCUCCCCUCCCCCUCUCUCAGCUCAGCCUACUCUAGUGGGUCUGUACCCCUCUACAACCCUCCUGACCCAAUGGAUACCUCCCCCUCCUCCCCCUCUCUCUCCCUGUCCUCCCUCCCCUCUCCCCUCCCUCCCCCUCUCUCCCUCCCUCUGAGCCUGCCGGUAUGGGGCGAGGCCUGUGGAGGUUGUGAAGCUGGGGACUCUAGUUUGAACGCCGGGCCCAGAGACCCUCUCUUCCUCAUGGACUACGAACCGGCCCCUCCCCACUCCCCUCCCGGACCUCCACACUCACACACACCCCCCCGUCGCUCACACACACCCCCCCGUCGCUCACACACACACACCUUCGAGGAGCAGGUGAGCUUCAAUGAGAAUGCAGAGAACGAGGAGGAGUUCCUGCCUGCUGAGGUGCUACAGGUUGACAUGGCAACGUUAGCAGAGCAGAUCAUCGAGGCGACUCCUGAGCGAAUCAAACAAGAGGAAUUGUCCAGGGGGGCAGAGUCACCGCUCAGAGAGAGGCGGGACAACACGGUGAUAUCCGACACCAUGCCCUGGUUGGCCACUUACCUGGACACUCACACACACUCCUCUCUGUCCAGAUGUGUGUACCCCCCCUCCCACCUCAGUACCCUGGCCCUCCAGAGGCUGCGGCCCCCCAGUAGUGUGGCGUGGGCGGAGUUCCUGAACGCCUCGGCCAAUGGGAGGAUGGAGAGAGACUUUGCUCUGCUGACUCUGACUGACUCUGAGCAGAGAGAACUGUACGAGGCUGCGCGCAUCAUUCAGAACGCCUUCAGACGAUACAAGGGUCGGAGGUUGAAGGAACAGCAGGACAUGGCAGCAGCCGUCAUCCAACGAUGCUACAGGAAGUACAAGCAGCUAACAUGGAUAGCUCUGAAGUAUGCUCUGUAUAAAAGGAUGACUCAGGCAGCGAUACUGAUCCAGUCUAAGUUCCGUAGUUACUAUGAGCAGAAGAAAUUCCAGCAGUCUAGACGGGCUGCGGUUCUGAUCCAACAGUACUACCGCAGCUAUAAGGAGUAUGAACGCCUCAAACAGGGACCCAGAGGGUCCGGAUCACACAAUCCAAAACUGAAGGGUUCCUUCCUGACUAAGAAGCAGGACCAGGCCGCUAGGAAGAUCAUGAGAUUCCUACGACGAUGCCGACACCGGAUUAAAGAGUUGAAACAGACGAAGGAGUUAGAGAGGAGAGGGCUUACCACCUAACUCCUCUUUUACCCCUCCUUCAUCCUGCCAUCCGCCACGGGAGAGAGGGAUGACUGAUGGAGAAGAGAGAGCAGCCUGUCUGUUCUCCUCCCUUUAUUCUCUGUCUCCCUCCACUGGGGUCGCUCAUCACCCCAUCCAGCUGUAUGCCUCUGUCACUCCUCCUCUCCUCCUCUCAUCCUCCUCUCCUCCUCUCCUCCUCUCCUCAUCUCCUCCUCCUCUCAUCCUCCUCUCCUCCUCCUCUCCUCCUCUCAUCCUCCUGUCCUCCUCUCCUCCUCCUCUCCUCCUCUCCUCCUCCUGUUCUCCUCCCUUUAUUCUCUGUCUCCCUCCUUCCACUGGGGUCGCUCAUCACCCCAUCCAGCUGUAUGCCUGUCACUCCUCCUCUCCUCCUCUCAUCCUCCUCUCCUCCUCUCCUCCUCCUCUCCUCCUCCUCUCCUCCUCUCCUCCUCCUCUCCUCAUCUCCUCCUCCUCUCCUCCUCUCAUCCUCCUGUCCUCCUCUCCUCCUCCUCUCCUCCUCUCCUCCUCCUCUCCUCCUCCUCUCCUCCUCCUCUCCUCAUCUCAUCCUCCUGUCCUCCUCUCCUGCUCCUCUCCUCCUCUCCUCCUCCUGUUCUCCUCCUCUCAUCCUCCUGUACUCCUCUCUUCCUCUCAUUCUCCUGUACUCCUCUCCUCCUCUCAUUCUCCUGUACUCCUCUCCUCCUGUACUCUCCUCCACUCCUCCUCCUGUACUCCUCUCCUCCUGUACUCUCCCCCUCUCCUCCUCCUGUACUCCUCUCCUCCUUCUCUUCAUCCCUCUCUCAUGAUGAAGUCAUGCUACUUCUGCAAGAAUGCAAACUGCGAAGGGAUGGAGAGAGAGAAGUAAAAAAAGGAGAGAGAGACUCCUGCCUUACCCCCUGUUCUGCUGUGGAGAGGAGGAGGAACCUGCCUUACCCCCUGUUCUGCUGUGGAGAGGAGGAGGAACCUGCCUUACCCCUUGUUCUGCUGUGGAGAGGAGGAGGAACCUGACUGAAUCUGUUUAUUCUUUAUUUUAUCUAUUUCUGGGCAAAACAAGACAACUGCAGCUUCUAACUGAAUGUAUGGAACAUUAAAAAAAAAUAUAUAUAUAUAUAUAUACACAUAUAUAUUCUACAGAUAUCAAAUACUACAUGUCACUGCUUUUGUGUUAUUCGUUGGGGCAGGUAUUGUAUGUAAAGUGAUAGUCACUGAGACAGUAGGACUGAACAGAACACUUAAAGUCUUAAAACAGGGAGAUAUCUUAACUAACUAACCACCUUUACACACAACUAGAUGGGUUGGUAAAGAACCUCUAUAGAAUGGCAUUACAUCCAUGUAUGUGUAGAUAGAACCAGUAUAGAUCUAGACCACCUAGAGAGGAACCACCUCAUGUUAGUGUAGAUAGAACCAGUAUAGAUCUAGACCACCUAGAGAGAACCACCUCAUGUUAGUGUAGAUAGAACCAGUAUAGAUCUAGACCACCUAGAGAGGAACCACCUCAUGUUAGUGUAGAUAGAACCAGUAUAGAUCUAGACCACCUAGAGAGAACCACCUCAUGUUAGUGUAGAUAGAACCAGUAUAGAUCUACACUACCGAGAGAGGAACCACCUCAUGUUAGUGUAGAUUGAACCAGUAUAGAUCUAGACCACCUAGAGAGGAACCACAUCAUGUUAGUGUAGAUAGAACUAGUAUAGAGCUAGACCACCGAGAGAGGAACCACCUCAUGUUAGUGUAGAUAGAACCAGUAUAGAUCUAGACCACCUAGAGAGGAACCACCUCAUGUUAGUGUAGAUAGAACCAGUAUAGAUCUAGACAACCUAGAGAGGAACCACCUCAUGUUAGUGUAGAUUGAACCAGUAUAGAUCUAGACCACCUAGAGAGGAACCACCUCAUGUUAGUCUAGAUUGAACCAGUAUAGAUCUAGACCACCUAGAGAGAAACCACCUCAUGUUAGUGUAGAUAGAACCAGUAUAGAUCUACACUACCUAGAGAGGAACCACCUCAUGUUAGUGUAGAUAGAACCAGUAUAGAUCUAGACCACCUAGAGAGAAACCACCUCAUGUUAGUGUAGAUAGAACCGGUAUAGAUCUAGACCACCUAGAGAGGAACCACCUCAUGUUAGUGUAGAUAGAACCAGUAUAGAUCUAGACCACCUAGAGAGAAACCACCUCAUGUUAGUGUAGAUAGAACCAGUAUAGAUCUAGACCACCUAGAGAGAAAACACCAGGUGUCCCAAAGUCUUAAAGAAACAAACCAACCAAUCAACUGACUGAGACCAUUUUACUAACUAGUCAGUUAUAGAAACUAGGAGGGGUUUGAUGAUAAUGAAGACAGUGAGGUUUCAGAUUGUGUUGUAGGAGCAUUAUAGGUUUGGUUGCUGUAACGUUGCAGGGUGGUUGUAGGAGGGUUUGGUCUGCGAGAGACUGUAAACAUCCUGAUCCUUUACAUUAUCAGGGUUAAAGGUCAGGCUAACACAACGUCCUUAACUCAUCCUUUACACUGUCAGGGGUUAAAGGUCAGGGGUUAGAGAUCAGGGAUUGAGCACAAUAAUCAGAAUAUUAAAUAUUUUUGUGUCUAAGGAGAUCAAAUGUUAAUUUGACUGAUGUAAAAAAUGCAGUGUCUUCAAACCCUUCUGACGGAAACACAGAAACACAGAAAGAUGUUUACCAACACAAUUAUUACACACACUGGUUUAUAAACUGAUUACAUGUAUUAAUGGUUUAUAAACUGUAUUAAUGGUUUAUAAACUGUAUUAAUGGUUUAUAAACUGUAUUAAUGGUUUAUAAACUGUAUUAAUGGUUUAUAAACUGUAUUAAUGGUUUAUAAACUGUAUUAAUGGUUUAUAAACUGUAUUAAUGGUUUAUAAACUGUAUUAAUGGUUUAUAAACUGUAUUAAUGGUUUAUAAACUGUAUUAAUGGUUUAUAAACUGUAUUAAUGGUUUAUAACACUCUAUGACGGUUAAGAACGCGUAAUACUCAGUUUUACUAUUGCACUCUAUUACAACCUACCAACUCUGAAAGAAAGAGACUCUAGACGUGAUAGAAGGUGCUGUCUGACUGGGCUUGGUGUACAUACUGUAACAUACAGUCUGGUUGAAGAUUUAUUAUCAUAUUAUAUUAGGACUCUUGUCCUUUAUGAGAUCGCUCUGCUUGCUUGACUGAUGAACCUUGGGCUGUUCCCAAUGGGCCCCUAUUCACUAUGUUGUACACUACCCAUAGGGCUCUGGUCUAAAGUAGUGCACUAUAUAGGGCUCUGGUCUACAGUAGUGCACUAUAUAGGGCUCUGGUCUACAGUAGUGCACUAUAUAGGGACUAGGGUGCCAGUUGGGAUGUAUUUUCUGAUGUGUUGUUUACUGUAGUGGACCCUAUAUAUCAGUGCACUACUUCAACCAGAGCUUUCUAUAAAUAGGGAACAGGGAGUCAUUGGGGAUGCGACCCGUGGUUUCACAUUAUCUUACUACUGGGUGUCCCAAUAGCUCCCUGUUCACUAUAUACUAGUGCACUAUGUAGGGAAUAGGGGACCCAACUAUGAGAUUAUUAUUACUGGUGUUCUGUUAAUAUAUUAAACGACUGAGUUGAUUUAUUUUGCAUGAGUUUGUAACAGUUUUUACAUUUUCAAAACUUUUCAAAAAUAUUAUGAAGUAUUAAAAAAAGAUGACGUGUCUAUUUUUCUUUUUUCUCUCUGCUGGUGUUUGAGUAUUAAAUGUUUAUUUAUGAAUAUUAUGAUUAUUCUAAUUUAAGACAUUUAUUGAUCUGUGGUUUGUUAUUUCAAUGCAGACCAAAUGGCACCCUAUUCCCUAUUUUGGGCACUACUUUAGAUCAGGACCCAUAGGGAGGUGGUUAAAAGUAGGGCACUACUUUAGAUCAGGACCCAUAGGGAUGUGGUUAAAAGUAGGGCACUACUUUAGAUCAGGUCCCAUAGGGAGGUGGUUAAAAGUAGGGCACUACUUUAGAUCAGGACCCAUAGGGAUGUGGUUAAAAGUAGGGCACUACUUUAGAUCAGGUCCCAUAGGGAGGUGGUUAAAAGUAGGGCACUACUUUAGAUCAGGACCCAUAGGGAUGUGGUUAAAAGUAGGGCACUACUUUAGAUCAGGUCCCAUAGGGAUGUGGUUAAAAGUAGGGCACUACUUUAGAUCAGGUCCCAUAGGGAGGUGGUUAAAAGUAGGGCACUACUUUAGAUCAGGACCCAUAGGGAUGUGGUUAAAAGUAGGGCACUACUUUAGAUCAGGUCCCAUAGGGAGGUGGUUAAAAGUAGGGCACUACUUUAGAUCAGGUCCCAUAGGGAUGUGGUUAAAAGUAGGGCACUACUUUAGAUCAGGUCCCAUAGGGAUGUGGUUAAAAGUAGGGCACUACUUUAGAUCAGGACCCAUAGGGAGGUGGUUAAAAGUAGGGCACUACUUUAGAUCAGGUCCAAUAGGGAGGUGGUUAAAAGUAGGGCACUACUUUAGAUCAGGUCCAAUAGGGAGGUGGUUAAAAGUAGGGCACUACUUUAGAUCAGGUCCAAUAGGGAUGUGGUUAAAAGUAGGGCACUACUUUAGAUCAGGACCCAUAGGGAGGUGGUUAAAAGUAGGGCACUACUUUAGAUCAGGUCCAAUAGGGAGGUGGUUAAAAGUAGGGCACUACUUUAGAUCAGGUCCCAUAGGGAGGUGGUUAAAAGUAGGGCACUACUUUAGAUCAGGUCCCAUAGGGAUGUGGUUAAAAGUAGGGCACUACUUUAGAUCAGGUCCCAUAGGGAGGUGGUUAAAAGUAGGGCACUACUUUAGAUCAGGUCCCAUAGGGAUGUGGUUAAAAGUAGGGCACUACUUUAGAUCAGGUCCAAUAGGGAUGUGGUUAAAAGUAGGGCACUACUUUAGAUCAGGGCCCAUAGGGAUGUGGUUAAAAGUAGGGCACUACUUUAGAUCAGGUCCCAUAGGGAUAUGGUUAAAAGUAGGGCACGAAAGGGAAAAGGGUGCCAUUUGGAAAGCAGGUUUUGUUUCUACUUCCUGUCACUUUGUACAUUUGGGUUUCCUUGGCGACGUUCUUUUACGACUGCGAUUGUCACAAUGACAACACUUGUUUUAUCUAUUUCAUAAUAGAUAAACUUUGGAACUAAAUAAACUAUAAACCCUCAACAUGGGUGUCUGUCA